AUAGAGGACCCCAGAUGGGAAUCAAUGAUAGUACCGAAGCUUAAUUGGACUUGUCUUUCCUCUCUUCCAUCAUUUGCCUUUUUGAGUAGAGCCACAGAGAGAGAGAGAGAGAGAGAGAGAGAGAGGGAUGACUUUGAUUUAGUGGUGAUGACUUGACCUCAACUCUUCCCAGGUUUAUCAUCAGUCUCCUUGCCUUCAUUUUCCCUUUAACUGUAAGCUCUUUCUCUCUCUCACUCACUCUUUCUCAGGUCUGAAAUAAUCAUAGAUGCAAGAUUUUUUUUUUUUUUUUUUCUAAAAAAGAAAUAUGGUGAUUGGGAUAGACCCAUUUGAGUUUUGGAGAAUCUGAAACAAACCCAUUUCAUCUCUGGUCUUUUCAAGUGUCAUGCAUGCUUCUUAGAUGCAAUAAUUGAAGAAUCUGAGGCAAACCCAUUUUGGUUCCAGGUCUGAUUCUGUUUACUUUACUUUUACUGAAUUAAAAUAAGACUGGAUUUCUAAGAGUUUCAAGGGUGCCCAAUUACCCUUUUUUUUUUAUUGCCAGUUACUAACGAUUGUUCAUUUUAAGAUUUGGGGGUUGUGUGUGUCUAUGGUGAAGUAUGCAAUUUAGGCAGUCAAAACAUAUAGAACUGUGAAUCAAUAUUCAUUUGCUUGACAAGCAAAACCAAUUGUUAGUCGAAAAAUAAUGUUGUCUGAACCCUGCGGGUCCAGCUUGCUUCUAUCUCUGCCUUAUGAUAUAUUUGCCAUAGUUUCCUGGUCCCUCUCCCCGAGGGACCUAUGUAAUCUCAGUUUAUGUUGCCGGAGUCUGUGUGCCCUCAUGGCCACUGAAAAGGUCUGGCUUACACGUUGUGAAAUGAUGGGCAUCUUGUCCCAUAGAGACCUCAUUGAGUGGCGAAAGGGUGUGUCGUCUUACAAGGCGCUUUGCCGCUUCCUCAUUUGUGUUGAGCCAUUGAUUGGAAUCUGGGUUCACCAGAACCCUGAGCUUGGCAACGUAGUCUAUGUCAUGCCCGGUUUUAUUUCAGUUGUUGGAUGCCGGAUAAUCCCCCAAGAGCUUGGUCCACUAGGCAUAGAAGAUGGCCCCAUCCUAUGGGCACCUGUCUUUGAAGUUGUUGGUAAUUCUGAUGGUUCCGCCACAUUUUUUCUACAUGGAAGAGACAAGGGACAGGACUUCUUUUAUCCUGGUUCAGUCAAGCCUGUGGAGAGGGCUUGUAAUGUGCUAUUGCUCGAGGUUGAGACUAGGCAACAGGAAAACGGGGAUGAAUUGUUGCAUAGUAAGAGUUUUGCUCCCCUUUCAGAUAAGGAUCUAAGAAAAGUUUGUAGGUCGAAUAGUGGAAUUUCAAGGUCUCAAAGGGUGCUUGGACAGAAUGAGGUGAAGGUGCCAUUCAGUCGACUGGGGUUUUGUGAUAGAAGAAAGUUGUUGCAUGUUGUUACCACCCAAGUUCGACAAAAGGUUCCUGAGUGGGCUAACGGGCCACUAUUUCCACGGUUAAGGGAUGAUGAAGAGAACUUUCAGAAGGAUCUGGUGCUCUUAUUGGAACGGAGAUCUCUGCUUAUGCAUAUGUAUAGGCAUGGUGGUUGUCAAAUUGAUUGGAAGGCAAGUCCCGAACUGUCAACUGAUCCUAGCCAAAUGGAAUUGAGCCAGAUUAGAAAGAGUCUUGAUCAUCCAAGUGGCUUUUGUAUUUCCCAUAGUGAUGAUGAUAGUCAUACACAAUACACCAAGAGAAAAGGUCUUGGUGGAUACUUUAGGGAUAGCCUCAAACAUAUCCUGGGGAAGUCCAGCUCAACAAAUGGUAGUGAUGCAAUUUCAAAGAAUGGCUCUUCUAGCAGUGAGCAUAAGCACGCACAACUUCAUGAGUUUUUGAGGUCAGAUGAUACAAUUAGACUUGCAUUGCAUGCAGCCAAUGUUAAACUAUCUUCUUAUCGAGCAUGGCCAAACAUGCAUGAAAGUCGGUUUGCCCUUUACAAGUUGCCCAUGCGGGUCCCAACAGCUGACCAAGACUAUGCUGGUUUGUGGGGAGGGACAUUUGGUUGGCCUCCUGGGAGGCCUAGUACAGAUAAGCCCGGUAAGGCUCUCUUCUUUCUUCUGCUCUCCUAUGAGGAGUCCCAAGGGCAGCGAAAUCUUAUUGCGACCAAAAUUUUGGAAGGCACCCACUAUGUUCUGCAUCCUAACGGUUCAGCAAUGUUUAUAGUGAAUAUAGAUGAACCUUCGCUGGAUCCAUUUCCAUUUGAAACUGAUGCAGAUUCUCUUCCUGUGAAUGUAAAGCAUGCUUUUAUAGGAGAGGGCAUUGCAAAUGGCUAUGGAUUUAGAUAUCCUGGCUCAAAGCCUGGUUCCCUCUUUGUUUUUCAAAAUGGUCUUCUUGCCUUUAUUUGGAAAGAAUCCAGGGCAAUCUUGACCUUGCAGAGACUUAACUUGCAAGAGCUACUUAGGAAAGGUGAACGAGUGCCGCCACUACCUCCAAUUGCCAAUUUUUCAUAUUUGACCAAGUCCUACUCAAAUGUGUUUGCAGGCUUCCCAAACAACUCAACUUGUUUGUCUUCACCAAGAUUCCCACAGUGCAAUGACAUACGGACAUCACACUUGCAACAAAACAUGCCUUAGCAAAUUGACUACAUCACCAUCCUUCUUCUAGGAGAUUUUAUUUCCGAUAUAAGGAAAUGAGUUCUUGAUAAAUUUAAGUAGGCCUUCUGGAAUCAGAGACAUCUUUGCUACUUAGGCAGUAAUAGGUUGCCCCUGGAAUCAGACAAAUCUUUUCUUCCCAAUUUGAUUGAUGCUACAGUGAGAAUCUCAAAUAUGAUGUGUUUCCCUUUCUCUAGAGUUUCCAAACGAAUGAACUUUUGAGGUGUGUACCAGGUUAUUCUUUGACUGGGAAAAAUGGGAAAAACUAUACGAAGUAAGACAUUUAUGGGCAUUUGAAUUACAGUACAAAUAAGUGAUGUGCUACCACUGCUCUGAUUCCUUGUAUAAACUACAUAAGGUUGCCUUUGGCUUCUAUUGACGGUUCAAUGACUUUGGACUUUCAUCUAUUCAUCAAAUCAUAAGCUGCUCCUCAAUGCUGCUGAAGUUCAAAUGACAUAAAGAUGGAGGCAAUCUUCAUUGUCUGAUUUGAAAUGUUCAGAGAAUUUAACAUUUCAGAUUGUUGAGAUGAUAUGAUAAUAAGCAUUAGAGAUAAGCAUCUGGGUCAAAAAGUACAUCACCCAGUUUGCUAUAAUGUUAAUGGGAGGGGAUAUUUGUAUCAAGGGAUCCUAAUAAAGGUUCUAAACGCAUUGAUGAUAGAACUUUUUUCUCACUUUCAAAUUUUCUCUUAAGCAUGGCAAUAUUUAUAUUUUAAUAUUUUCUUCAAUGCCAUGCCAAUUAUUCGCAUUUCAA